AUGGAUUCGACAUCUGUGAAUUUGUUACGAUCCGCAGUGAACGGCGAAGAGGAUCCAAAUUUGUCAAUGGGAGACGUCGAAAAUUCUUCCGGAGCCUCCAAUCCACAAUCUCCAGGUGCCAAGUCGAAAAAGAGGAAAUCAUCUGAUGGGAAUGGAGAAUCGACAAAUCCCGAAAAAAAGAAACGUUCGUCGAUUGCGUGUACAAAUUGUAGAAGUCGAAAAGUACGGUGCGAUGUGGAGCGAAGUGAGCGCGUCAAUGAUGCUGGUGAGAGAGUGUGUAACAACUGUGCGAUUGAUGGAAUACAAUGUCUAGUGCCAGGAAGUAAGAGGAGAAGAACCAAACGAGGUAGCACCGACAAUGUUGAAGCAGCUCCACUUCAGGUCUACCCAGAUAAUCUAGUAAACCCGCAACACAUAUCGAACGAUGGUUUGAGACCAGUGUCUGAAGCUAGCAUUGCAAAUUCACCUCAACACGCCCUUCCACAUUCAUCUCAACAUGUACCUCAUUCAAUUUACCAGUCAGCCCUUAGUAGAAAGGAAAACUCCGAUAUUGAUGGGCAAAGACUCGCACAACUCGCAUCUCGGGCUUCUAUUCACGGCGAUCUGGUUCGCACACGUUUGGCAUCCUCUCCACCUCCCUCGUUAAAACACUCACUCCCGGCAUAUAUCAACCCGCUUCCUUCAAAAAUGACCUCUGUGGAUAUAGAAUAUCUUUGGGCGAAAAGCGCAUUACUUAUCCCAGAACCUUCCUUACGAAAUUCUCUGCUUCAAUCUUUCAUCGAAUUUAUUUAUCCAUAUAUGCCACUUCUGGAAUUACACAAAGUUUUGCAAAUAAUCAAUGAUGAAGGGGCGUCUGGCUCAAUGAGUCUCUUGCUUUUCCAAUCAAUCAUGUUUUCUGGAACGGCUUUUGUGGACAUGGAUAGCUUGAAACGUGCUGGAUAUCGUACGAGGAAAGCAGCGAGGAAAGCUUUCUUCCAGAGGGCCCGAGUUCUCUAUGAUCUGGAUUACGAAAAUGACAUGCUAACCGUAGUGCAAUCCCUCCUUCUCAUGACAUACUGGUACGAAACGCCGGAAGACCACAAAGACACGUGGCAUUGGAUGGGUAGAGCCAUAGAUCAUGCAUAUACACUUGCUUUGCAUCGAGACCCAAAAGGAAUGGACGCUGAUCAUAAAUUGAGAAAGCGAGUAUGGUGGUCAUGUUUUAUGAGAGAUCGACUCAUCGCAUUGGGAAUGAGACGCCCGACCAGGGUCAAGGAUGAAGAUUGCGAUGUACCAAUGUUGACUGAAGAUGAUUUCGAGAUCAAGGCACUUGACCCACGAAACUCGAUCAUUUCUUCGAAAUGUACUUUGAUAAGAGAUGUUGAGGCUCAACGAGAUUUGGCUCUUAUGUGUAUAUCGAAGGCACAAUUGUGUUUAUGUAUCAGCCAAGUCUUGGUAGCACAAUACUCGGUCCUUGGAAGACAUCAAGGUGUGGUCAACGAUGCUGGAAGUACCACAUCACAAAUUAUGCUAUUUCCCAAGAAGUCGGCGUCAACAGAAGAGGUCGAACAAUGCGAUUUAGCACUCGACCAUUGGAAGGAAAAUCUUCCCCAAGCAUGUGUUUAUUCGAAUCGGAUGAAAGAUGAGAGUAGUGGACGACCAUUAUUCGUGGCAUGUUCAUUAUUACAUAUGAUUUACUUUACGGCAACUUCGGCCCUGCACAGGCCACGAGUUUUACCUGCUGGUCCAAAUCAUUCAGAACCACCAACACUUUUCGAGCUCUCACGUGAGGUGGUAACUAAAGCUGCAGUGGGGACUACAAAUAUUAUUCGCGAUAUGCAUAACUUUGACCUGGAGAGGUACCUUCCCACCACGGGCGUCACAGCUUUACUUCCAGCUAUAAUUAUUCAUUUAUUACUGGUCAGAUCUCCAAAAGAAAACGAGAGACAAUCCGCUCUAGACGGAUUUUGUCUAUGCAUGACUGUUCUCGAAAGUUUACGAGAUAACUACUCAUCAGCUGAUUAUGCCACCCAAUUCUUAGAGGCAGCUGUUAGAAAAGCGGGUAUGGAAGAUAUUAUAAGUCGUGCCAGAGAAACGGCAAGACGUGAGGAUGCUAAGCGUAAAGCGGCUUUAGCAUAUGAGAAGCAACGAGCACAGCUUGAACGCAUGCAAGGUUCUAUGGGUGAGAGGAUCACACCACCGGUUGAUACUCAUCUAAAUGGAUUUGAGUCUUUGGGGACUCUCGUUGAUAACUCAACAGCGAUAUACAAUGGUCACUUGGCUCACUCUCCUCCAGAUAGUGAUGUUCUCCUUGGUGGGACAGGCUCGGCACUUCCCCCGGAUCCAAAUGAUAUGUUCGAAUUUUUGGACAUAAACUAUAAUGAAGGUGGUGAAUCAGGAGGAUUUUACGAUAUGGAUCUUUUCAGUCGAGAGAUCCCUGGAUUUGGUAGCACGAUGCCCAGUCCUCACAUGGGAGGAGAUAAUCUUACAUUGUUUGACCAAUCAUAUAUGAAUGUGAUGGGUAUGUAA